AUGGCCUUGAAUCAAGCCGCGGCCCUUUCCCCGCACCCCCCUGCGUUGGAAAAGCGCGUUCCGCUCACCCAUCCGGUUCUCAUCCAAGCGCGUCGGGACAACAAAACAAAGGCUCAGCAAAAAGCAGCAGCAGCUGGGAAUUUCAUCAAAACGCACGGCCUGCAAAACGCGCGCUCCAGAUCCAUCAUCCCCAGCAUCAUCAUCAACAACAACGCUAUCCCGCCAAGACUCUCAGGUGGCGGCGUCGUCGCCAAACCCUCGAUUUUCCCACGCCCGGCUUUUGCACUCCCCCCUUUCGCAAGAGCAGACUCAUCGGCGCGAACGGGUGAUUCCUCCGUCGUUGCAAAUCUCCUGCUCAAUGCUGUCGGCGCUAGCUACACUUGCUGGGGUCAGUGGCGUGAGUUCGCCGUUGUGGGAAUGGAUUUGGGCAAGGCUCAAUACGCUCGGACGUCGGAUCAUGAACCUCGUGUUGUUCGUCAAGCAUGCGCAUACCUCCUCUUCAUCCGCAUGACGAUCCGCAUGAUGCAAGUUGGCGUGGCAAGAGAUUGGCGUACUCGUUGUACCCAGCACAAUCGUCUCGUUCAUUCAACGUCGUGGGAUCAAGCAAUGCAAAUCGUCGCUGCUCACGAUCGAGUCGUUCGUCGGAAGAUUUCCAACCCAUCGAGGCAUUGGAUGAUCAACCGCCUCCGUGUCGUCCUUCCUUCAUGCCGUGCUUUCUACCACCAGCUUGCUCUCUUGCGUUCUCGCCUGCUCCGCGUUCUACGGCACCCUUGUCCAACCAUGACGGCGGACCACGUUGGAAUUGUCAGGAUUGCUCGGCGAUGGGGUGGUGUUGGGGAUGUUGGAUAUGCGGCCGUGGGGAUUGGUCGUGGACAUGGUGCCAUCUAG